AUGUUCAAAUUCGUAGUAUUCUCUGCUUUCUUGGCCAUUGCCAAUGCUGGAGUUCUUCACAGUGCUGCUUACAGCAUUCCAACUGCUGUUAGUCAUCAAUCGAGGACUGACAUUAUCAGUAAACCUGUUGUGGCUCCAGUUGUUGCUGCAUACACUGCCCCAGUUGUAAACUCAGUGGCAUACACCUCUCCAGUAGCAUAUACUUCUCCAGUUGUUAAAACCGUUGCAGUUGCUCCAGUAGCCUACACCGCAGCUGCUGCCAUCCCAACAGCCGUCAGCCAUCAAUCUAGGACUGAUUUCGUCAAUAAACCUGUCUUUGCCGCUUACUCUGCUCCAGUUGUUGCCGCCGCUUACACCGCACCAAUUACCAACGCCGCCUUUGCCGCUCCAGCAGCAUACACCGGAUUAUAUUAUUAA